AUGCCUUCACGGACCGUCUCCCCGAUUAUGUCCCCCGGCCCAUCAUCACCCAUCCUCUCCCCCCUCGAAGCCGCCGAAGAUCCCGCUACGAGCCCCGACCUCGUCCACUCGCUCUCCCACACAAGCACCAUCCUCGCCCUCGCCGUCAGUCCUCAGCACGAAACCAUCUUCGCCGGCACACAAGACGGCGAAAUCGUAGCAUGGUCACUCGACACCUUCCGACAAGUCAAACGGGUCCAAGCACAUAAGCGCAGUGUUCUUUCCCUCGCGCUAUCACCCGAUGCAAACCUCUUAUUCUCCAGUGCUGGAGAUCCUAUCAUCAAUGUCUGGGAUCCUAAAACUUUGACGAGAUUUGCGCAGCAUGAGACGGUUUAUGUUGGUGCGCAGAAUGCUACUAUUCAGUGGGUAGGGCUUAAUGAUGUUACUGCGAGAGUGUCGCCUGAAUCACAACAACAUCCCGACCGACGAAACCAUCGCUUCUUCGAUUCCAAGGCCGUCGGCGGCGGCGCGAGUACACCCCGACGCAACGACGAUCGAUGGGGAUUGAUUCCCAAGGCACAUAAUGUUCUUGAGAUGCACUCUGGUUGUGUCAGGAACUUUGCGCAUUAUGGUUAUGUAUACUGCAUGCUCAUGGCCAAAGGUCCGACCGUCGAUGUUGGAACCGACGACGAUGUCCUUAUCUCCGGUGCGGGCGAUGGAACGAUCAAGCUUUGGAGCUUGGGACAUACAGUUGAGGACGAUGAAGAGCUUGGCGGCGGUAUACAAGAAAUCAUGACAUUGGGCACCGACGAUGGCGAGUCAGUCUUGUCAAUGGCACUUGAUAGCUCAUUCUUGUACGCUGGCAAGCUUGAUGGUAUCGUUGAGUUGUGGGAUCUUGAUACCGCGCAGCGAUUGAGAGUCAUCAAGGCACAUGACUGCGAUAUCAUGUCGAUUCAAAUGGGUUGGGGGUAUUUGUGGACUGCGGCAACUAAUGGUUGGGCCAGCAAAUACAGCACAACCCAUUAUGGCAAAUACCAACACGCCGCCUCCGGAGCCGUUCCCCAGAAAUACCAGUGUCUUCUCCGAUGGGAAGCUCACCAGGGCAAGGUCCUCGCCUCAGCUGUGACGAAUUACAGGAACAAGCAAUACUUCAUCACGGGCGCGAACGACGAUAACAUUUCUGUGUGGUCCAUCGACACCGAUAAAUGCGGCACAAAAGAGAAGGAAGUUUCGCAAGCUUCGGAUAACCUUUUGCUAUCGUCCCUGCGAGAUUUCGUAUCAUACAAGACCGUUUCUUCACGACCGGAAUUCGCGGAGGAUUGUCGCAAGGGCGCUACGUACCUUGGUGCGCUGUUCAAGAGACUGGGCGGACAUGUUGAGUUGCUUAGUACGGAGAAGCAUCACAAUCCUGUCGUCUACGCGAGGUUCUCGGCUAAGAAAGAAGCUGCCGAGACACGAAAGCGCAUUCUCUUCUACGGUCAUUACGAUGUCGUCGCAGCCGAUAGUCGCAAGGGUAAAUGGGAGACUGAUCCAUUUACCAUGCAGGGCACCAACGGCUACUUGUACGGCCGUGGAGUCAGCGACAACAAGGGUCCCAUCAUCGCAGCGCUAUACGCAGUAACCGAUCUCAUGGAGAACCAACAAUUAGAAAACGAAGUCAUCUUCCUAAUCGAAGGCGAAGAAGAGUUCGGAUCAUUGGGUUUUGAAGAAGCCGUCAAGAAAAACAAGGAUCUCAUCGGCGAAGUAGACUACAUCCUCCUCGCCAACAGUUACUGGCUCGACGACGAAGUGCCUUGCUUGACAUAUGGUCUCCGCGGUGUUUUACACACAACAGUCUGCGUCGACGCGCCCAGACCAGAUAUCCACUCCGGCGUCGACGGUUCAUACAUGAUGAACGAGCCUUUAUCAGACCUCACCCAAAUCCUGGGAAAACUCAAAGGUCCUGGCAAUAAAGUCCAAAUCCCUGGUUUUUACGACGGUAUUCUUCCUAUUACACCAGAAGAAGAAGCGCGCUACGAUGAUAUCGCUCGGAUUCUGAUCCGGAGUAAUCCUGAGAAGGGACCAGAGGAUCGAUUGAAGCAAAGUCUCAUGGCACGCUGGCGCGAACCGAAUCUUACGCUGCAUCGGUAUAAAGUUUCGGGACCGGAUGGGAGUUUGGUUAGUAGUCACGCCAGCUCACAUAUCAGUUUGAGAGUUGUUCCGGGGCAGGAAGUAGAUCUUGUGAUUGAAGCUUUGACAAAGUUCCUUGAGAAUGAAUUCAAACAGCUUGAGUCGCAGAAUCAACUUACUAUCACGGUGGAUAAUCGUGCAGAACCUUGGUUGGGUGAUCCUACGAAUGCGAUUUUCCAGACCCUUGAAAAGGCGAUCUUGGAGACGUGGGAAGAUUGCUUUGAGACAUCCGGCGAAGCAACACCCGAUAAGACACCCGACCAAUCCAAAUCCGAAGAAGAUGCUCUAGCGGUAAAGACAAAGAUGGGAAAACCGCGCAAACCACUAUACAUUCGCGAAGGCGGAUCAAUUCCCGCGAUUCGAUUCCUUGAGAAGGAAUUUGGUGCGCCGGCUGCGCAUUUACCUUGUGGGCAGAGUAGUGAUUCUGCGCAUUUGGAUAAUGAGCGGAUUUGUUUGGUGAAUUUGCUGAAGGCUAGGGAGAUCUUUGCAAAGGUUUUUGGACGGCUGUGA